AUGUUGACAUCAAGUGUACAGACCACAAGCAGGACUAGUGUGAGCACUGUUACUCGCACCACUACAGAGUCGUCCACCUCAACUUCAUCGUCAUCUUCAUCAUCCUCAUCUUCAUCCUCUUCUACAUCUUCUUCUGGAGCUAUAGGGGAGACGCGGAUACUGGUGGAGAGUGAUGAUGAUGAGGAGAUGCGUUUUGCAAACGACGAAGCGCCAGGCGACAAAGACGACAACGACAACAAUAACAAUAAUGCUGAAAAUAAGCAGGAACCCGUUGAGGUGGCGAACGAAGCCGCCGAAGACAAAAAGAAGCUAGGCCUUACUACCACGUAUGAUGGAUUUGGGAUAUGGGGCUGGGUCCUGUGUCUAAUCAUUAAACGCAAGAAGCCGAUGGAAACUUCUCAGAAAGCGAACGUUGGGGAGACGGCUCUGAUGGAGGAGUGGAUAUGCACUCAAGCACCACAAGAAUACGACGAAUAA